UCCAAAUUCCAUAACCAAGAAAAAGAAAACGCCCUCUAGCAAUAAAGAAACGAUUUACUGUCAGAAACCCUAAAUGCAGCAGAGAUCAACAACAGGCUCAUCUCGAGCACCAGAAGAGAACUUCAUAGUAAAGGUGACGCAACCAAUGCCAACGCAACUGCAACCCAAAUAUUCUCCAAGAAACUCAAUAAUGACAUAUGGUUCUGAUCAUCAACUUCCAGUUUACUUCCGGUCUUCUAACCCUAUCAGGAAAUUAGCCUCUGAAAAGUUGGUUCAUGCCAUUCCCUUUGCUGUGUUGCUUUGCCUCUUUACUCUCUGGUGGUUCUCUUACCCAGUGAAUUUGGUGAUCAAGGACGGCAAGAUUGUGGCAGUACAUCGUGUUGAGAUGCCACAGCCUCUCAAUAACAAUCAUGUUGAGUUUGCCAUCUUAGCAUCGGCUACAGCCCCAGUUGCUGCAGUUCCUCACAAUAUCACAGUGAAUAAUGAAGCUGAAGUUCAUCCAGUAGGUAAAAUGGAUUGAUCAAUCAUUUGUGCUUCAUGGGAAGAAAAAGAAAAAGUGAACUUCAAUAGUUUGAUUGGAGAAGAAAGCAGGAUUUGUUUGUUCCAUGUAAAUGUAAAACUAGAUAGUUCUUCUCUAUCAGGAGUAACAGGGUACAAUCUGUAAAGAAAACUAUGAUUGCUGUUGAGCUUGUAUCAAAUUUACAUAGAUGAGAUAAAUCAAGGAAUGAGAAGUCGUAGGCAAGUCCUUGAUCAGUGA